AAAAAAACCUCUCCGUCUCCUCCUUCGGCGCUCUUUGCUCCGAUCAUUUCCUCUUCCUCCCCCUCCCCUACCGUUUCAUUUUCCUUUUCCGGUCCCUUCCGUAUAUGUUUUUUUUACUCAUCGGAAGUUGUUGCCGGAUUAUUUUUUUUUUUUUGCAGUAUAUUUCUUAAUUCAGUUUUGGAAUUUGGCUGAAUAUAUGAGGAGCGUCGUUAAGCAAUCUGCGAGUGUUGAGAGGGUAGAGGAUGCCGACAAGGAAAAGAAGAAAAAGCGUCGAUCUAAUCGUCGAUCCAAGCACAACUCAGCUGCAGCGUCUGUUUUAGUAAAUGAAACACCUGUAGAGGCAUCGGAAGACUUGAAAAGUGGUAUUGAGAGAAAAAGUUCCAGAGCAGAUAUGAGUUAUGAUCCUCCAAAGCAGAAAGGACUGGAGAAGCGUAUUCCAAAUGAGGAGAGACUGGCUAAACCAUUUAAUUCUAUGCCGAUAAUGCAUUUUAAUGAAGGAGCUCAGCUGGGUGAUGGGAGAAGUGGGCAAGACCAGCACCUAGUUACUGAUGAUGGAGUGUUUUCAAAGUCAUGUCCUGAUCCAAUUGCAUUGGAAAGUUCAUCCGGAACCUGCACACACAGCUUGUUUCAUUCUCAGCGGAACAAUGCCUCCACUCAGAGUAAACUCUUCGCUCCACAUUGGCCUAUUGAGGCUGUAACUGAUGCAUUAGAGAAGGGUGAAGCUUUUAAAGCAUUGUUUCGUGUAAAUGCUUAUAAUCAACUAGAGGCCUACUGCAAAAUUGAUGGCGUACCAACAGAUAUUCUCAUCAAUGGAAUUGCUGCACAGAAUAGAGCUGUUGAAGGAGACACUGUGGUCAUUAAGGUCAAUGCUUUUCCUUUGUGGACCAAGAUGAAAGGGUCAACUGGGAGUGGGUUGUCCAACCAUUCUGCACAGGGAGAGGAUAGUUUACCCCCAGAAGUCAAUGAAUCUGUUGCUUCCAGUAACAAGGGGAAAAGUAAGAUGCAUGCAGAUUGUGAGAACGACGAGGAUAAAAUAGAAGCGGCUGGAUCAGCAGCUUAUAAUUAUGUUAAUGGGCAUCAACCAUCCACUUCAGAUUCUUCCUGUGAAAGUUCUUCUGUUAGGCAGAAUGAGGGUGCAGAUGCUGUGGCUAGGUUGGCUGCCAUGGUUAGCUCAUCCCCAGCAAAGAGACCAACUGGCAUUGUUUUAGCCAUUGUUGAAAAGUCUACUCGGCGAGAUGCUAUUGUUGGUUUCCUUAAUGUUAAGCAGUGGUUUUCUUACAAAAAAGAUGCAAAGAAUAAGAGCUGUUUGUCUUUUUCUGACCUUGAAUAUAUCCAUCUAACACCAACUGAUCCAAAAGUUCCCAAAAUGGUAGUCCUUGCUAGAGACCUACCUGAAUGUAUCAAGAAAAGAUUUGAGAGUGGUGAUGCAGCAGUUGAGACGGAACUGGUGGCUGCACAAAUUGAUGAUUGGAGUGAAGAAAGUCCUUUUCCACAGGCCUGUGUUUUGCAUACUUUUGGAAAGGCUGGUGAAUUAGGACCACAUAUCAGUGCAAUAAUGCAUGAAAAUUCAAUUAUUUGUGCUGAUUUCUCUCCUGAAUCACUUUCUUGCCUCCCGCAAAUUCCUUGGGAGUUGCCACAGGAGGAAUUUCUGAGAAGAAAAGAUCUUCGGAAUUUAUGUGUAUUUACUAUUGAUCCUUCAACUGCCACCGAUCUCGAUGAUGCGUUAUCAGUUGAAAGGCUGCCUGCUGGAACUUUUAGAGUUGGUGUGCACAUUGCUGAUGUUUCAUAUUUUGUUUUACCAGAAACAGCAUUAGAUGUAGAAGCUCAGGUUCGAUCGACCAGUAUAUACAUGUCAAGGGGAAAACUACCGAUGUUGCCCCCAUUGCUUUCAGAGAAUUUUGGUUCACUUAAUCCUGGAGUGGAUAGACUAGCAUUUUCUAUUUUCUGGGAGUUAAAAAGUUCUGGGGAUGUAGUGGAUCGUUGGGUUGCUCGCACUGUUAUUAGGUCUUGUUGCAAGCUUUCAUAUAAACAUGCUCAAGACAUCAUCGAUGGGCAGGAUUUUCAUUCACCAGGGGGUUUUCCCAAGUUGCAUGGCCAUUUUGAGCUUCUUGAUGUAAUCAAAUCUGUUAAAUGUCUUCAUGAAAUUUCAAAAACCUUGAAGAAGAGGAGAUUUGAGGGUGGGGCUUUACAGCUUGAUGGUUUUAAAGUUGAUUUCUUGUUUGAUGAAUAUGGGGUUCCAUAUGAUAGUGUGAUAAAUGAGCAGACAGAUUCAAAUUUUCUUGUUGAAGAGUUCAUGCUUUUGGCAAAUACAACAGCAGCAGAAGUCAUAUCAAGAGCUUUCCCAGGUAGUGCGUUAUUGCGGAGGCAUCCUGAACCUAACAUGAGGAAACUGAGAGAGUUGGAAGCAUUUUGUCAGAUAAAUGAUCUGGAAUUGGACACUUCCUCCUCUGGUCAAUUUCAUCGAUCCUUAGAAAAAUUAAGGGAAAGGCUGAAAAAUGAUUCUAUGCUCUUUGAUAUUCUUAUAUUAUAUGCUUUAAAGCCCAUGCAACCAGCAACCUACUUUUGUAGCGGUGAAUUAAAAGAUAAUGUGGAUGACUGGGGUCAUUAUGCCCUGGCUGUCCCUCUUUAUACACAUUUUACUUCACCACUCCAUCGAUAUCCUGAUAUCAUUGUGCAUCGGACCAUAGCUGCUGUUAUUGAUGCUGAGGAAUUAUAUCUGAAGCAUAUAAUAAGGUCAGUGAAAGCUGAACAUUUAGAUGAAGUUUCACAAGGGUGUUUCACUGGUAUUUGUUUUGAUAAGGAUGCUGCAGAGUCCCAACAAGGAAGGGAGGCCUUAUCAACUGCAGCAUUGAAACAUAGAAUUCCUUGCACAGAAGUACUUGCUGGUGUUGCUGCGCACUGCAAUGACAGAAAGCUGGCUGCUAGGCAAGUUAAGGAUGCAUGUGAUAAACUCUAUACAUGGUUUUUGCUAAAGAAGAAAGAGAUUUUGUUGUCUGAAGCUCGAGUACUUGGUCUGGGGCCAAAAUUCAUGUCAAUUUAUGUUCACAAGCUAGCUAUUGAACGGCGGAUAUACUAUGAAGACAUUGAAGGCCUGACUGUGGAAUGGCUUGAGUCAACAUCUACAUUGGUGCUUGGUUUAUCCACCCACAGACGCAUUAAGAGAAUAUCCAAGGCUCUUGAAAGUGUUGCAUGGAUUGUAAACCCUUAUGACCUAAGUGCAGAAUCAGACAUAGAGACAAUGUGUGGGCGUUGUGUAAGGUGUAUGGGUGAUGGUGAGGGUGCACCUCAAGAUUUGGUGCCUAAUACGAGGACUGCAAUUGAUCCUGGAACUUUCCCCUUAACAGUUAGUCUUCUUUCAACAAUUCCUGUGGCACUUAAUGCAGUUGGUGGGGAUGAUGGACCCCUUGAUAUUAGGGCACGACUAUACAUGAGUUCGUAUUUGAGGUAAUUCAUGACUUGGAAGCGAUGAUAAGGCACUCAACCAAGGAGUAUUGGCCUUAAGGAGAUGUUAAAGAAAUUGGCUUGGGAGAAGCAGUACCAUAUAUAGAUCAAAUAGCAGUUUAGUGGGGAUAAAGAGAAGGAAAGCCGGUGCUUUAAUUUUAAUUUGGGUGUUUUUUUUAUUCAUUAUUUGCCUUUAUUUAGCAAUAUGCCAUCUGAUGGAAGUUUAGAUAGCAGGCGGGGGUUCUCGUGGCUGUUUUUAACAAAGCCGCUCCUUUGGAAAUUGGCCCUUGUUUUUAUUGGCCAGUUCCAUUCCAAGCAUUAUUCGAUGAUGACUCGUCUCCAAUAUCAAGCAUGAGAACGAGCUCGAAGUCGAAUUUAUGCUGUGUUAUUGCUAUCUUCUUAGAAUGCACUGCAACCCAAAAGUUUUUUGAUUUGGGUGGCUGAAUAUUGUAAUUUAGAUUGAUUUCCCGUGAUUGAACUAUAUAUGCUCCUUGUAUUGUUAUCUAUUUUGCAUUGAAUAACAUUAGCUGCUUUUU